AUGGGUAAAGUAUCAAAGGCCACAAAGAAGUUUCAAUCGAAGCAUUUGAAAGAUGCUUUAGAGCAAAGAAAGAAGAAUAAGAUUGAAAAGAAGCGUAGAGAGGGUCGUCGUGGUAACAAAACUGAAGAAGAAAAGAAAGCCAAGGCAUUGACCAAGGAAGAACAGAAAAUGAAAAAGUCCUCUAAGGAUGAAGUGUUUAGAGACAUGCCUGUCGAUGAAUUUUUUGAGAAAGGUAUUGAAUUACCAAAGGAGAACAAGAAACUGAAGAAAAAGCAAGCUGAAUCCAAGGGCGACAGCUCUGAUGAGUCUUCUUCCGAUGAAGAAGGUGACAUUAACAUGGAUGAGCUAUCCAAGAAUGAUCCGGAGUUUUUCAAAUAUCUAGAAGAGAAUGACAAGGAUUUGCUUGACUUUGCUGGAUCAAACCCUCUAGAUGGUGUUGAUGAUAAUGAGGAAGAAGAGGAUGACAAUGAGGAACAACAGAUUGAUUCAGACUCUGACAUUGAAGGCAAAGAAGAAGAAAGGAAGGCCAACCAAAUAGAAUUGACUCAUAAGUUGGUAAAACAAUGGAAGACUCAGCUUCGCGAAUCACCAAGUUUGAAACUGAUAAGAAAUGUGGUUAGCGCUUUUAAGAUGGCUAUCAACUUGAACAGAGAUGAGGAUACAGAAGAGUACAAAUACGCAGUUACUGAUGAAAAGGCAUUCCAAGAACUGAUGUUCAUUGCACUAAAAGAUCUUCCUGCCGCUGUUCAAAAGCUAGUUCCAUACAAGGAAACUAAAGGUACUAGGACUUUGCCAAGCAACAAAACUGUCACCAAAUUAUCAUCCAUAAUUAAGUCUCAUGCUGCUGCCCUACUUACUUUUAUCGCAGAUAUCACAAACACCGAAUCUGCAGCUCUAGCUUUACAUUCAGUGAACAGUCUAAUGCCUUAUUUCAUCUCUUACAGAAGAAUCUUAAAAGAACUAAUAAAGAACAUCGUUGAAGUGUGGUCCACGACCAAGGAUGUUGAAACUCAGAUUGCUACAUUUGCCUUCUUACAUAGUGCAUCUAAGGAAUUCAAGAAAGCUAUAUUAGAAUUAGUUUUGAAAACCACUUAUUCAACAUUCAUUAAGAGCUGUCGUAGAACUAACAUUCGUACUAUGCCUUUAAUUAACUUUCAAAAAAACUCUGCAGCCGAGCUUUUUGGUAUAGAUGAGGUCGUCAGCUACCAAGUUGGUUUUGAAUAUAUCAGACAGUUGGCUAUUCAUUUGAGAAACACUAUUAACUCAACCACAAAAAAAACCAGUAAAGGAAACCCAGCUGAAGCGUACAAAAUUGUCUAUAAUUGGCAAUUCUGCCAUUCAUUGGAUUUUUGGUCCCGUGUUCUUUCAUUCUCCUGCAACCCGGAGAAAGAAGGUAAUCAUGAAUCUCCAUUAAGGCAAUUAAUUUAUCCACUUGUACAAGUUACCCUUGGUGCAGCUAGAUUGAUUCCUACCCCACAAUUCUUUCCGCUUAGAUUUUAUUUGAUUAGAUCAAUGAUUAGAAUGUCUCAAAACACUGCUGUAUUUAUACCCAUCUACCCUCUACUUUCAGAAAUAUUAAGCUCCACAGCAUUCACCAGAAAUCCCAAGAAAAGCCAGAAUCUUGUAGCAUUCGAUUUUGAUCACAAUAUCAAAUGUACUGCUGCUUAUUUAGGUACAAGAACAUAUCAAGAGGGCCUAUGUGAACAAUUUAUCGACUUGGUAGGUGAAUAUUUGGUUCUGUACUCAAAAAGUGUAGCUUUCCCUGAACUAGCAACACCAGUCGUUAUUUCUCUACGUCGUUAUGCCAAGACUUCUAAAAACAUCAAAUUCAACAAGCAAUUACUAAAUAUAGUUGAGAAGUUGAAUCAAAAUAUUAGAUUAAUUGAAGACAAGAGAUCCAAGAUUGAUUUUGGUCCAAACAAUAAGACAGAAGUUGCAAGGUUUUUGAAUGAAUUGCCUUGGGAAAAGACCCCAUUAGGUGCUUAUGUUGUUGUCCAAAGAGAAGUUAGAGAAGAAAAGAACAAACUCUUGAGAGAAAGUUUAGAAGAAAGUGAGGAUGAUAAAAGCGAUGACGAUGAAAAUGUUAUCGAAAAGAACUUAGACGAUGAAGACAGCGAAGACGAGGAAAUGUCUGAAUAG